AUGUGGAGGCAGUUGACUCCCCGGAUUGUAUGGGCGGCCCGCGCCACGUGCCUUGAUGCCAGCAGCUCGCUUUCUCUUCCGCAGUGUACGCCGCUGACCAAUCAGCAGCGAAGGACCCGCACGGCAGUUGCGAAUUUGUACCUCGAACGUGUGCAAGAAUACGAUGUGGCCUCGUUUUUGCGCCUGGUGCGGACAGGAGUGUUCGAUUGCGGGGACGACCUCCGCCGUGUGUUCUCUGGGUUCCAGCGCUACCUGGCGCACCUCAAGGCCGAGGAGUUCGUGGAAAUGCUCGAAUUGUUCCGCUCGCGAGACCUGCGGGAGAACGAGGAGGGCGUUGAUUUGCCGUUGCUGCUCAUCUGCGAGAUGAAUCGCCGCAUGCGGGGCGGGCAGCACCGCCUCUUUUCUCUGCGACAGUGCCGCCGCAUAUGUGCAGCCCUGAGGCAUAUGAAAUUCAACCGGCCGUCGCACGUAACGCCCUCGAGUGACCACCCUGGCCCCGCAUCCUACGGUGCAGCCCGUAUCCACCAGGGGACAGACGAGAUGGGCUCAGCACCAUCCGAGCACAAGGAUGGCCAUCCACAUCGCAUACCCAUAUCGCGCCGAAACGGCAGUGAAAGCGCAAAUUCGAUGCACACAACGCGUGAUUCGCAUUACACCCAUACACGUGCAUGGAACGACGGCCCUCCCAUGUUCGCCGAGGAUACGCGGGAGGUAGCUGUCCCCGUAUGCGAGUGUAAUGUCGGGCAGGCGGCCUUGCCGCGUGCGUGCGCCGCUUGUUGCGCGAAAUACGGGCCGCUGCUCCAUCUGCCGGGCUACGACCAGCUGUCGCUCUUGAUAGUGCUGUUGGGCAGGUCCAUCGUGCUGCAGCUGUCCGGCGUUCGCCGGCUCCACGAGAACGCAGUAACCGGAUACCUGAUGCUGUCCUCGCAUAUCAACUGCACGCUAAACGCUCACAUCCUCCGCAGCAUCGUUGCGCAACACCAGGCGGCCCUUCUGCGGUCUAAAUCGCUCCGCAACAUCGCCAUCGCCCUGCACGUGGCCAAGAAGUGCAAAGUCCGCUGCGGCGGAUUCGAGCGCCGGAUGCGGUCUCGCUUGGCCGACAUAGGCGAGUUCGAGGCGCUCUGCGCUGGCGAGCGCCACCCCGUGGCAUUGCUGGUGGCACUCAGCCAGUUGGUCGGCAGCUUGGUGACGGCGAACGCGCUGCCUACAUCCCGCGAGGUGCGCCAGAUCGGCAUCAACAUCAUCACGUAUCUGCUGGACCACUACGACAAGUUUUUCGGCGCCGACGCCGAGCUGGACGCGGAUGUGGUGAGCAGCAUGAGGGGCAACGCACGGCUCCUGGUGGACUACCUUGCGUCUAAGGGCGUCAAUUUCGAACGCAUAUUUCUAAACGGCGACCUGGAGCGGCUCGAGGCGCUAACCGUGUGCGGCGCCGUGGAUUACAGCAAGGACUUUCGCACGAGCGACUUCCACCGCCAGGUCGGCAGCACGCUGUCGUUGCUGGGGCACGCCGUUGAGGAGGAGGUGCGCAUUGGCUCGCACGUGUGCGACAUUGUGCUGCGCAAGGCGGGCACGGUGGUGGAGAUUGACGGGCCCUACCACUUCAACACAGCCCUCAACGAGAGAACGAACGAGCUACUGAAUCGCAACGGAUGCGACUACCGACUGACAUACACGCACAAUUCAAAUGUGAAGCAGUUCAUGCUCGGGCUCGCCGGCUACCGCGUCGUGCACGUGCCCUUCUUCCGGUGGCCCAGCGGCAGGGAGGAACAGCUCGAGUACCUCCGCAGGGCUCUCUCCUGA